CUUAUAUAUGGAGACUUUCUUCACCAAAAGCCAAAAAUCCGUGGUAACAACACGCUUUAUUCUCUAAUUCCACACAACUUUUAACACAAAAUCAAACGAGACAAACUAUACACUUACUAUAGUCUUUCUAUACACACGUUCAUACAGAAGAACACAACCACCAUAUAUGUAAAACCACAAGUACAAUUUUUCAAAGAAAAACAACUCAUUACCCACUCCCUUGCCUAUAUAUAACCUCACAUGAAAGAACCAAGUUCUUCACAUAACCAAAUUUAAAGUUUUUUUUUUCCAAGUUUCCAAAAUAUAUCUAACUCGAAAAAUUAAUCGCUCGAAAAUGGAGGGAAGCUGCGAAAUGACCUUUAUACCCACCGUGACUCCUUCACCUUCUCUCUCGUCCUCUCCGCCUCCUCAAACUUCGGUUGCAAGUCCUUGUGCCGCUUGUAGGAUUUUAAGGCGAAGGUGUGUCGAAAAAUGCGUGUUGGCUCCUUAUUUUCCGCCUAACGAUCCAAUGAAAUUCACCACGGCUCAUCGUGUUUUUGGAGCCAGCAAUAUCAUCAAGUUCUUGCAGGAACUUCCCGAGACACAGAGAGCCGAUGCAGUGAGUAGCCUAGUGUACGAGGCGAAUGCAAGGCUAAGAGAUCCCGUGUACGGAUGUGCGGGUGCAAUUUGCCAACUCCAAAAGCAAGUGGACGAGCUCCAGCUACAACUGGCGCAAGCACAAGCCGAGAUUCUCAACAUGCAAUGCCAAAACGCCAAUCUCAAUAUGGCCGUAAUCUACAUGGAAAUGUCGCGAUAUUCACGCUCAGAAGAUGAUAGUCAAUGGUCUAUCAAUAACUUUCUGAACGAAAACAGUGGUCUUGGACUUUUCUACGAUCGUACUCUCUGGACGUGAUUUGACUCAGAUCCUAGUAGAAUUGAGAUUAAUAUAGAUAAUAUAUAUUGAGUCACUAAAAAAAAUACAUUUGGUCCUAUUCAAAUGUAAUAUAGGAUGUAACACUAUGUUGUGGAAAUAUGAUUGAAUUAAAUGAGUUCUAGUGAUUAUGAUUAUUGAUAAGAUGCAUGAAGUCGACUAGUCUUUUUCCCCCUUUUUAUCAUUUGAGAAGGAGAAAUGUCAUUGUCCAAGUCCCACUCAUGUCUCAAUUUGUUCAACUUUGUGGUUACCUAAUGUUUUUACUUUUAAUUCAUGACAAUGAUGAUUAUUCCCAGCUAAAGAGUACCUCAUGUGAACAGAGGAUCAUGAUAUUAGCCUAAAUCUUCCGUUUUAAAUUAUUUAUUUAUUUUUGCU